ACUGAGGGCGGAACCAUGACGACCUUAAGUGGACGAGGCUGCGCCUUCAACGUCUACUUCGGAAGCAUCUGUUUGCGGAGCUUCCGGCGCAGGAAAUUCUCGCGAGGUUUCGCGGGCGACGCUGGAGGAAGACGCAAUCAGAACCCUCCAGCUUCGAGAGCGGCCGGUGCCGUGUUUGCUUCCGCGCAGGCGCAGUCGCGGCAGCUGCGCCGGCCGUCUCCCUUUCGGGGUGUUCUCUGUGGCGACCGAAGGAGGCCUCGAGGCGGGCGCGUCGCUUCUCCCGCCCGGAGUGAACGCGGGAGAGGCGGCGGAGUGCCGGGCAGCGGCGACGCGAGGGCCCCGAGGAGAGGCGCGCAGCCAGGCAGGCCGCACUCGGGCCCAGGCGGAAGAGGAAGACGCGAGGAGGCCGAUCCCACGCUCCUUCCACCCGAUGGCUGCCUCCUGCUCGUCUUCGUGGGCGCCUUGACGGAGCCCCGUUCCGCCCCGAUGCCGAGCACCUCGGAGUCGCCGCCGGAGGCGAAGAAGCGGGCGCACCACCGCCGGCGAAAGCGCUACCCGUCGGGCCCUCUGCGGCCUCCGUCGCCGCCUCUGCCUCCUCCUCCUCCUCAGGCUCCGGCGCCUUCCUCGCUGCUGUUCCCGCUGCUGCAGCCCUCCUCGCUCCUGCAGCCGCCGCUGCCGCCGCAGUCGCUGCUCUUCCUGGCGGCCACCGGCUGCGGCGGGGGGGAAGGCGGCGAGCGGAAGCGCCCGCGGGGGAAGCGGCGCUCGGGCUCCCGGCACAAGCGGCGGCGGGGCAGGCUCGGGGCGGGGGCCGGGCUGCGGGGCGGGCUGGGCCUGGGGGCGCUGCUGGAGGCCAAGGCCAAGGAGGAGUACGACGACGUCAGCUCCCAGUCGGAGGGCGGAGGGGGAGGCGGGGGCGGGGCGGCGGGCGAGCGGGGCGGCAGGCGCAGGGAGUCCCCCUCCAGCAGCAGCGGGGCGCGGCGCUCUCGGGAGCGGCAGCGGGAGCACCGCCGGAGGGGGGAGGACAAGGACAGGGAGCCGCCUCAGGAGGGCCCUUCCCGGGGGGGAGCCGAGCCGCCUGCCUCCUCGUCCUCCUCUUCCUCCAAGCCCCGCAGCCGCCACAACCACGGAGACGCGCCUCGGAGUGGCGGCGGUGGCGGCAGCGACGGCCGCAGGAAGAGCUCGGCUGCCUCGCCCAGCGGCAACAGCAGCAGCAGCAGGAGGAAGGAGCGGGAAGGCAAGGCGAGCCGGGCCAAAGCCUACAAGGAGCCGCCCAAGGCCUACCGGGAGGACAGGGCCUACAGCCGCGAGGGCAAUAGCCCCCACCGGGCCUCCUCGCAGCGCCAGCGCAGCCGCUGCAAGUCGCCCGCCAGCCCGCGCUCCUCGCUCAGCCCCUACCGGCGCCGCUCCCCCAGCUACAGCCGCCACAGCUCCUUCGAGCGCGGAGGAGGAGGCGGCGGCGGCGGGGAUGGCUCUCCCGGGCCCUACAGCUCCUGGCGCCGCUCCCGCAGCCCCUACAGCCCCGCCGUCAGGAGAUCAGCAAAAUCCAGAAGCAGAAGUCCUUAUUCAUCACGGCGCUCACGAUCGCGUAGUAGACAUAGACUGUCAAGAUCCAGAAGUCGGCAGUCAAGUAUUUCCCCUAGCACUCUCACUCUAAAAAGUAGCCUGGCUGCAGAGCUGAACAAAAACAAAAAAGCUAGAGCAGCAGAGGCAGCCAAAGCCAAUGCAGAGGCAGCCAAAGCCAACGCAAAGGCAUCAAAUACUUCUACACCUACUAAGGGGAGCACUGAUACAGGGGUGACUAUUCCACAAGCGAACAAUGUAAAGGAAACAAAGAAGGCAAAAACUGAACACACACCAUCCCCUUCAGGUGUUUCAGCUUUGAAAAAUGAUAAGGCAAAGACAAAAGUUCCUGCCCAGGAAACAAAGGGGGAAAAUAAUUUGGUAGUAGAGAAAGCUGCUAAGCCAAAAAAUCCAGUGGUAAAAGAAAGCAAAUCAACCCCAGUGAAGACACCUACACAACCUGUUGCAGUGAAAGAGAAAAGCAAGCCUCAGCCUUCAAGUGCAGCACCCAACGAGAAGGAUCACAGUGUUACAUUCAUAACUUCAACAUUGCCACCCUUGCCUCUUCCUCCUAUGCUGCCUGAAGAUAAAUACGCUGACAGUUUUCAAGGGAGCAUUUCUGCGAAAGCAGUUAAAAAAGAAGUAGAGAAGAAAUUACGCCACUUGCUUGCAGAUCUACCAUUUCCACCUGAGUUGCCUGGAGGGGAUGAUGACUCCAGAAGCCCUGAAGAGAAGAAGACAACAGUGCAUCCACAUCAUAAAAAAAGACCGAAGAUAUGUGGACCACGCCACGGUGAAACAAAACAGAAAGAAAUUGACUGGGGGAAACGUUGUGUUGAUAAAUUUGAUAUAAUUGGCAUAAUCGGUGAAGGAACAUAUGGACAAGUUUAUAAAGCUAGAGAUAAAGAUACAGGGGAGAUGGUGGCACUAAAGAAGGUACGGUUAGAUAAUGAGAAGGAAGGGUUUCCCAUAACAGCUAUUCGAGAAAUAAAGAUUCUCCGGCAACUUACUCACAAAAGCAUAAUCAACAUGAAAGAAAUAGUAACUGAUAAGGAAGAUGCUCUAGAUUUCAAAAAGGAUAAAGGUGCUUUUUACCUUGUGUUUGAAUAUAUGGAUCAUGAUCUGAUGGGACUUCUGGAAUCUGGUUUAGUUCAUUUUGAUGAAAAUCAUAUUAAAUCCUUCAUGAGGCAGUUGAUGGAAGGCUUGGAUUACUGCCAUAAGAAAAAUUUCUUGCACAGAGAUAUUAAAUGCUCCAACAUCUUAUUAAACAACAGAGGGCAGAUCAAACUUGCAGAUUUUGGACUUGCUCGGCUGUAUAGUUCAGAGGAGAGUCGGCCAUAUACCAACAAAGUUAUCACAUUAUGGUACCGUCCACCAGAACUUUUGCUGGGAGAGGAACGAUACACCCCUGCCAUUGAUGUCUGGAGCUGUGGAUGCAUACUGGGUGAACUUUUUACAAAAAAACCAAUAUUUCAAGCAAAUCAGGAAAUUACUCAGCUCGAGCUGAUAAGCCGCAUUUGUGGUAGUCCUUGUCCUGCAGUAUGGCCUGAUGUGAUCAAACUGGCAUAUUUCAACAGUAUGAAACCAAAGAAGCAGUACCGUCGAAGAUUGAGAGAAGAAUUUGCUUUUAUUCCAUCAGCUGCACUAGAUCUUUUUGACUACAUGUUGGCCCUAGACCCCAAUAAACGUUGCACAGCAGAACAGGCACUUCAGUGUGAAUUUUUGCGAGAUGUUGAUCCUUCAAAGAUGCCGCCACCAGACCUUCCAUUAUGGCAAGAUUGCCAUGAGCUGUGGAGUAAGAAGCGCAGGAGGCAAAAGCAAAUGGGAAUGUCUGAUGAUGCAUCUAAACUUCCACGGAAAGAUUUAUCUUUAGGAAUGGAUGAUAGCAGAGCCAACACGCCCCAGGGCUUGCAAACCUCUUCUCAAUUGAAAAUGCAAGGCAAUUCUAACAUAGGAAUUGCUAAAGGUGGUAGUGGCCAGCCACUAAAUCAAAAUGAGGUGGCCAUUCUCCUUAAUCUGCUUCAGUCUAAAACCAGUAUUAAUAUGGCACAAUUCGCUCAGGUGCUGAACAUUAAGGUGAAUCCUGAGACUGAGCAACAGCUGAAUAAAAUAAGCCUUCCAGCUGGCAUUUUGGAAGCUGGGGAGAACCAGCCUGAACCUCAGCCAGUACAGCAACCACCACCCCCGCCACCACCUCUGCCAACUAAGGCGCCAGCAUCUCCUUCUCCAGAGCAGGAUCCUGUAAAACAAGCAGCUGCUGCUGCUCCAUCUUCUGUGCAGGCUGCUCAGUUGGCCCAAACAAAAGUUGACGCUGAAGUGACUCAGGCGGCUGUACAAAGUGCAUUCACUGUGCUGCUGUCACAGUUAUUAAAGGCUCAGCAACUGAAGCAAAGGGAAGACGUAUUAGAAGAGAAGGAGAAUGGUUCAGGAAACGAGAUGUCAUUGCACCCCAGGCAGCCCCCAGAACCAAGUCCGCCUGCAUCGGGCAACUGGGAAGAUGCAGAGUCUCCAGUGUCCAUUUAUCCCCAUCUUAUCAAAUCAUUAUAUGCAUGUACAGGACAAGAUGACUUGGUCAGGCACCCUGAGAUGAGACCUCAAACGCCUGAAGAACGACCUCGCAUCUUGCCUCCAGAUCAGCGGCCCCCUGAGCCUCCAGAACCACCACCUGUCACUGAAGAAGACCUUGAUUAUCGGACAGGGAAUGAACAUUUAUCUUCAAUUAUUAGCCCUUCAGAGAUGGAUCCUCAUGCUGGAGUGAAAGCAGCCCUUCUACAGCUGCUUGCUCAGGCACAAACAACAGAGAUGCCAGCAACAUCAAAUGUGGAUUUCCAGACAAGAGAUUCCUUUAUGACAGCUCCAGACUAUAAGGAUAGCUUUGGAUCUUCUGCAUUCUCUUCUGCGCAUUACAGCACUAGUGACGGAAUAGGGAGUGGCUCUUCUGGGCCAUUAGAAAGAGGAAACUUCAUUGGGAAUUCAGACGUGCAACCUUUGGAGAAUUACCAUACUGCUUCAUCUCACACUAGUGGUGCCCCUCCACCUCCUGCCUUUUCAGAACCAUUUCACAGCUCAGUAACUGGUUAUGGAGACAUUUACCUCAACGCUGGUCCCAUGCUAUUUAGUGGUGAUAAGGACCAUAGAUUUGAAUAUAGCCAUGGUCCCAUCACUGUUCUGAGUAACAGUGGUGACACAUCCACAGGGUCUGGGUCUGAAAGUACUCACUCUUUGUCUUCAAAGAUGCAGAACUAUAGCUACGGCAGCAACUUACAAGAGCCCCCUGGUAGUGUUGGCCAUAUGCACGGACAAACUUGGACUUCUCCAGCUCAAGGACCUGGAUAUUCACAAGGAUACAGGGGACACAUUAGCACAUCAGCAGUCAGAGGACGAGGACGAGGAUUGCCAUAUUGAGCAUCUGUUUUGUUUUGUUUUUUCCCCUCAGGCACAUUGUUUUUACCUGGAAAGACUUUAUAGCUGUGAUUUCAAAGCAGUAACCCAACAGACUUGAAUAAUGUUAAUUCAACAGCUUUAUUUUUAUGUGGAAAAGGGUCUUGCAUACAAUAGGAAAUUGCUUACAAUCCAUGCUGUUCUGAGUACCAGAAAACUGAUUGUACAUCUUUGCAAAUUCUAGCUAUAAAUUUUAUAUUUUGGCAGUUUUAAGUCAAUGCUAAAUUUAGGGACGUCAGCUUUUUACGGCACACAGUCAGAUCUGAACUAUGCACACACGUGUGUUUUUUUUGUAAGUUUGGACCAACUUUUAUGUAAAAAUUUUACAACAAUCAAAGCAGGGCACUGAUUUAUUUGGUAUUUCUUUUUACAAAAUUCCUUUCGUCAAAACAUCACUCAAUCCUUGCACUGCUUUCAGUGUUAUCUGUAAAAGGUGUUCUUUGUGCUCAUUUCAGACAAUAAAGCAGUCUUUCUUGAUACUAGUUUUAUACAUACUCGGGCAUUGAUUUGGUUUACUUUCAAAGUCAUUCAUCUAGUGAAAUAUCCUGUCCAUCUAACCAGUGUUUGUAUUUAAAAAAAACUGUUUUACUUGAAUGGUAAGUGCCUUAACGAUGUAAGCUUAAGGUCUGAAAAACAUUUCAUGAAAUUCAAAAGGUUGUUUGAAGGUCCUUUAUAGUUUGAUACAAGACAUUGCUGGUAACAUAUGGAUAAAUGGGAUAGAGGGCAUUUUGUGGCUAUUCAUGUGCUAGUAGAUGAAUAAAAUUAGGAGAUAUUUAGCUUUCCUUUCCCCAAAAUUUACAACCAUAUCCUUAUAACAAAUUAGGCUAAGCAAAAUGAGAAUGUAUGGACAGUAAUAAAUAUUUGCUUCCUUCAAUUUUCUGUAACACUUUGCCAAAUAAAACGUAGGGUCCUGUUUUAUUCAAAAUGGUCUUUAUGAAAAAAACAAACGGAAUAGCAUUUUUGUGUUACCAAUACACAGUGAUAUUGCAUUUCCAAAAUAGUUUUGGAAAACAUGCUUUCCCACACUACUGCUGCACAAUGUAACCAGAGUUACAUAACCAUUUAAUACCACAGACAUUUCUUUUAACGUUUCUCGAAACUUGGGACUGUGCCAAUUAAUUCUGCAUUAAACACUUUAAUGUGUUGCUUGAUUUCAAUUUCUUUUCAAAUAAUCCCAUGGGUUCAAUCUAAAAGCAAAAAAUUAUCCCUAAAAUUAUAGUUCUGUCUCCAAAGAUGAUGGUCUCCAUAUUUGUUCUUCGCAAAAUGAAAUUUGAGCCUCUCUCUGCAAAGAUAGAACACUGGCUACAUUUUCUGCAUACUUAAAUGUUUUUAAAUGACCAUAUUGGAGAAACUGUUCCCAACUGAUUAUCCAGUUGACAAGCUAGUGCAUAUGUAGCUAUUUUCUAAACAUGUAAUGUUUCUGUUAACUAAAUUACAAAUGUAGUCUUGUCCGCUGUGACUUGAAUCUUACAGAAGCAAACGUAUCACUGCUUCAGAUAGUUGACUCUUGAUUUCAGUGACUAUUUCAAUUGUAGGGUGUCAGAUUUGUUGGAUCUCCCUUGUAAAUAAAACAUUGGUCCUUUUCAAUAUCA